UUGAAGACAGUAUUUGAGAUGAGCCAUCACGGGCUAUCUCUGAUACCAGAAGGCACAGCUUCUAAGAAGAUAAUGCUGGCUACAUUGCAACAAGCUCGAUACUUUUCGUGGUUAGUGGUGGCGAACUUGGCCAUAACUCAUGUCACUUAUUUGCUGAUGCCUUUCCUCUUCACCGUUUUGGGAAAUGAUAGAUAUUUGCCUACUACACCUGGGGAGACCUAUGGAUUGAGUCCAAAAUACGAAACACCAUUUUUCGAAAUAACAUUUGUCCUGACGUGCGUCGCUACGGCGUUUUCCGCCAUUAAUCAGACCGGCUACAUUGUGCUCUUCGUCACCCUCAUCUGCCACGAACUAGGUCAUUUCUACGCCAUCACAGAAGCUCUGCACGAGAUUCAUACAAUCUUGACAAAAGAAGAACCAUCCCGGAAUAAUUCUGAGCAAAAUGAAGAUAAAUCCGUCGAUAAACUGUUGAUAUUUUGCGUAAAACAUCACCAAUUUCUGAUGAACUUUCAUGGAAAAAUCCGAGAGAUGUAUAAAGUGAUAUUCGGGGCACAUUUCCUGAGCAUGACGGUCGUUUUAGUGACGACUCUACAGACCAUGAACGUGUGGGAUUAUAGGAACACGAUACUAACAGGGAUGUCAGGAAUUAUGCCUUUAUUUUUGUACUGUUUUGGAGGAGAAAAACUUAUUUCUGCUGGGUUGCAAAUGUCGUCUGCCGCUUACAGCUGUGGUUGGGAAAUGAUGGAAGCAAAACAAGCGAAAGUGGUCCUUCUAAUGCUAUGUCUAGUACAGCGCCCUCUAUAUUUAACUGCGGCUGAUAUAUUCAUAAUGAAUAGGGAGACUUUUGGCGAUGUGGCUCAAGUUGUUUACAAAAUAUACGCGGUUUUCAAUUAAGUUGGGUCGCGUUUCACUCACACGCUUGACGAGUAAAUAAGAAUUGUAAAUGUA